UGGCGGAAAUGGUUGGAUCAGAUGCUGACAAGCUAAGAUGUCGCUUUAAAACAUAUUCAGAAUGGCCUGGAAGAAAUAAUGCUCUUCAGCUCGCUGUUGCAGGUUUCGUCUUCACAGGCGUAACCGACAAAGUAGAGUGCCAUUCAUGUGGGAUACUCCUCUACAACUGGCAAGAUGAUGACGAUCCGCUACUGGUUCACAAUAAAUAUGCUCCAGAUUGCCAAUUCAUGAGACAAACAUUUCCACAGAUAAAGGCACCAUCUAAACCAAUGACAACCUUCACUGCGAAAUAUCCUCAUUAUUCUGAUUAUGAAACACGUCUCAGGUCGUUUGACUCAUGGCCCUUAAAGUGUGUACCACAAUCCCCUGAAAUGAUGGCAAGGUCUGGUUUCUUCUACACUGGAUCGGGAGACAGAGCUCGAUGCUUCCACUGUGGUGUAACCCUGAGAGACUGGGGCUUGGACGACUACCCUUCCUCCGCCCACGCACAGUGGUCGUCUAGCUGCCCAUUUGUACAGCAGUUAGAUGUUGAUGGAAUGAACAAAGAAAUAGAAGCUUUGGGCAGAACAAACAUUCCAGGACUGGAGAGUUUACGGGAAGCAUACCCGGGAAGUGAUACAGGUACUCGUGCGACUGUGAUGAACCAAGGAACAGGUGACACUGUCCCUUGCUCAGACGUCAGCAAGACUUCUCCUCUUCCCUGCACUGAGGACAACGUACAACUUUCCCAGCCUUGUUCUGGAGGAAAUGUGACUACUCCACAACCAUGCUCCGAAUACAGAAUGGUCAUACCUCCAGGGGCAGAGGUAGCAAUUGGAAUCCGUGAUCCAGAAUGCAGUUCUUCAGAUUGUAUGUUGUACGUGUCUUGUGAAAAGUGUCGGGAAGUUUGAAGUCCACAGCAUAGUGACAUUUUAACUGAUGCGAAUUUGAUUUCCGAGCUCGAGAUGAAAUCACGUGUCAGAUUUUGCGUAUAUAAAACUUGCCUAAAACCACAGACAUACUUACGAUAUUUGAACCGGUAAACUAGAACUUCAUUUGUAAGGUUUAGAUUUUCUUUGUCAAGAUCUUAUCUGUAGCAAAAACUAGAAAAUGUCUACUCUGUUUCACAAGUAUUGCAAAAUGAACGCAGCAUACAUCCAACAAAUACAUUAUACAUGGCAUCUGUAACUCCUUUACCCAAUGAUGACUGUUGUUAAGUUAAUGUGUCCAAUAUAAACUUUGUUGUCUUUAUAACCGGGCUAGGGAAAUGGUGAAAAUCCUUUUUACGAUUUUAAAUUCAGACUAUAUCAAUCCUGCCAACAAAAAACUAAAGAAAGGAUUAGAUCACAAGAAGAAAACAGAUCCAAUAGGCUCGUUUGCACCAGUCCUUCAGGUUGCAGGACGUUCCACACAGGUUAUGUCAGAAUGGAUUUUAAGAUGAUGUUUAUUUUUUAUCUGAAUACGUGUAAACAUGUGAUAACCGUUGAUGAUGAUUACUCACCAAAAUUAGCUGAUUAACCCAUCAUCCGCACAAGUUAAUAAUAAGGUAUCCGCGGUAAAAUGCGCUUUUAUAACUUGCCUAAGUCCCCUGGCUAUUGCGAUAGGGUGGUAUUAUGGUGGUUCAAUACGUAACUGGAUUUUACUGGCCGAUAUUUUCGUUGCUACAUAAUGUGAAAACCCCAGAUUGUCACUGCUAUUCUGGAAGUAGAUUGCACACGACACUGACAAUAGCGCGCCACACCUAGAGUCAGUCUGUGCGCUUCAGGUCAAGAACUUUCCUAGAAGCCGUGUGCAGAGGCGCGCUCGGCCUAACAAAUGUAUUAUCCGACAGUCUUAAGACGACAUAAAGAAUAAUAUGAAUGUAUUCGAAAUGCGUGUUUCAAGUAACAAAAAUUUUUGAAUAUGUGUUUAUAGUGUUCAUUUCAAUCUUUGCAGCUGUUACAUUGAACAGCCAAUGCUAAAUUCACACUGUGAAACUCGAAUGUUUCUGUUGAUAUAUUAUCGUGAUAAAAAAAAAAACCGACAAUGGAUAGACCAUGCUCCAAGAUAAGCGGCUUCUGUACUAUGACCGUUGCUAGUUGCGCGUUAGUUAUUAGUUUUGUUUGUUUUCAAUACAAUCAUGUACUCAUGUACUAGAUAUGCAUCUCAACUAUAUAAAUGUGUUGCAUUAAUUACUUAAUAUAUAUUGUUUGCACUUGUUAGUGUAGAUUAUUUCUGACCUCUGUACGGCUGUCCCUUGUUCUUGGGAGUAUAUCAUGUCAGAUACACAGGUGAAAUCAACUGGAAAUGAUUUGUAAAUGGCUAUGCAAUUUUUGUAUUAUUUAUGAAAUAAA